UCUACAUCCGCUUUUUUUUACGAGACGUGUUCUACUUUAGCGUGGGGAAGAUGGCCGUAGAGAAAGCGAAUGAAGCGAAAACAGCGUCGAUGGAGGAAAACAAGGAGAACACGAUAGACGAGGGCCUUGCUCUGGAAAUCCUCCAGAUAAUCAAAGAUUCCCAGCAACAGCAUGGACUCAGGCAUGGAGACUACCAGCGCUACAGGGGCUAUUGCUCCCGAAGACUGCGUCGUCUGCGCAAGACGUUGGGCUUCAGAAUGGGCAACCGGCACAAGUUCACUGGGAAAAAAGUGACCGUGGAGAUCCUGUCUGACAGUCGAUAUCUGUUGCUGGUUGUGAUGGAAGCCGAGCGGGCGUGGAGUUACGCCAUGCAGCUGAAGCAGGAGUCCAACACCGAGCCGCGGAAACGCUUCCACCUCAUGGCGCGUCUCCGUAAGGCAGCCAAGCACGGAGAGAAGCUGGAGAAGCUGUGCGAGAGCCAGCGCGUCGACGCCAAGACCAAACUAGAGGCCCAGGCGUACUCUGCCUACCUGACCGGCAUGGUCCAGUUUGAAAUGCAGGAGUGGAAAUCUGCAAUGGAGGCCUUCAAUAAGUGCAAGACUAUCUACAUGAAGCUAGCGAGUGCGUUCACUGAGGAGCAGGCUGUUCUGUACCACCAGAGAGUCGAGGAGAUUUCACCCAACAUCCGCUACUGUGCAUACAACAUCGGUGACCAGAAUGCUAUAAAUGACCUCAUGCAGAUGAGGCUCAGUGCUGGAGGAGGCGGAGGCAUGAUGGCUGAGAAGCUCGAGGCUCUGAUCACUCAGACGCGAGCUAAGCAGGCCGCCAAGAUGAGCGAGGUGGAGUGGAGGGGUCGCACUGUUCCCGUUAAAAAUGAUAAAGCCCGGAUCUUUCUCCUGGGGCUGGCUGACAACGAGGCUGCCAUCGCACAGGCAGCCAAUGACGAGACGAAAGAGCGCCUGUAUGAGACUCUGCUGGCUGAGUGCAGAGACACCAUCCAGGCUGUGCGAGAAGAACUGCGCAGUGAUGUGAAGCAGAGAGAGCGAGCUGCAGACAGUGCCGAGAGUGGAAAAGUCUCCAACCUUCAGUUCCUGCACAGCUACCUAACCUACAUAAAGCUGUGGACUGUGGUGAAGAGGAAUGAGAGCAUGGCUCAGGCACUGCAGGCCAAACUGAAGGAGCCACAGACCGACGAGAAUAAGAGAGGACCGCGACCACAAGACCUGAUCCGGCUUUACGAGAUCAUUUUGCAGAGCCUGGCAGAGCUGUCCACCCUGCAGGGUUUGGAGGAGGAUCAUGCCUUCCAGAAAGAGGUGGCCCUUAAGACACUCGUCUACAAGGCUUACAGGUGCUUCUUCAUCGCCCAGUCAUAUGUCGUGGUAAAGAAGUGGAGCGAGGCAUUGGUUCUGUAUGAAAGAGUGCUGAAAUAUGCCAGAGAGGUCCAGUCCAAGGCCAAAAACCUCAAUAACAGCCUCAAGGAUCUUCCGGAUGUUCAAGAACUCAUAGCCGAAGUCAACUCUGAGAAAUACUCCCUUCAGGCAGCGGCCAUUUUGGAUAAAGAGGAUGUGACUGAAGCCCCUGCUCAGCAGCAGGUCAAGGAUAACACGCCUCUCUCUGAGCGUUUGGACACCUUCCAUCUUGACCCAUCCCUCCUCGGCAAGCAGCCCAAUCUUGUCUCGUUUCCGCCGGACUUCCAGCCAAUCCCGUGCAAGCCUCUGUUCUUCGACCUGGCCCUCAACCACGUGGCCUUCCCACCGCUGGACGAUAAGGUGGAGCAGAAGGGCAAGGGCGGCCUCACCGGCUACAUCAAGGGCAUCUUCGGAUUCGGCAGCUAAACCGAGGCUCCGUUCGGCCUCGAACCCGAGAGCUGGAGGGAGUCAGAACUCGAUCUGGACUUGCUCGCUUUAUAAAUCCCUUCCCUGUCUGUCCGUCAUAUUCUUCAUAAAAUCAGUCGUCAGUGUCCUUCGCUCCGUGACCUGAGGGGUCAGAGGUGUGCACAGUGUAGGGUUUACCUGAUUCACCAAAGCCCUAAUCAACUCGGCGAACACAAUGGGUUGUAUUGGGCGUUGAACAAGGAAAGCACUUUUGUGUGCCGAAACGUGGCUGGAUAGGUUCGGGAGAGAAGAACACUUUGUGUGUGUGUGUGUGUGUGUGUGUGUGUGUGUGUGUGUGUGUGUGUGUGUGUGUGUGUGUGUGUGUGUGGUGGUAGUAGUGAUAUUGAAUUCAUAUACACGGUGGGUUCUACCACAUCGUCUAGAUCUAUUUUAUUUAUGCAAGAAGGGCGUGUAGGGUACAGGGAUGGGGGGGCAAUUUCGGAUUAUUCCAAGCUCAAGGGUCCAUGUCUUUUUCUUCAUUUAGUGCAAAAAAAAAAAAAAAGUUAUUUAGAAUCCUUUAAAUCAUUUUGUUUCGUUUUAAACUAAGCUGACCAGGUGUAAUACACAAGCAAGCCAUUGUUUCACAGCUACAGAGAAAUGUACACGACAUAGCAAACCAGGAAGAGGCUGUUGCAACUGACAUAACCGGCAUGUUAAUCAUCCAGAAAAAUAUGGAAAGAACCCCCACUCCUGUUCCGCCAACACGGAGCCGGUGCUGGUUCGCGGCAUUAAAAAAAAAAAAAUCCAACCAUUUUAAUUUUUUUUUUUUAUUUUUAAAUUUUUACCAUCCCAAUCAUUAAGUGUUGAAGUACAGCAUGAAGAUCGCACCAUGGACAACAAUUUAUGCAGCAGAUCAUUGCUAGGGAUGCAUCAAUACCUUUCUCUAUAAACCCCCCCCCACCCCCCACCCCCCCCAAGAUCCAGUGCUAGUAUGUGGUUUUGUCAUACUCAUCAAUACAGAGACCAAAAUGAGUAACCUGCUGAGUAUUAAGCAAUCAGGGGCUGCUGUGGGCUUCUGUCCAUGAGCUCCUCGUGCUCGGCUUUAACACUAUCUUUUUAAUAGAGAAUAUUAUUUUAAGCACCAUCUAGUGUGUUUUUUUUUUUUUUUUUUUUUUUUUUUAAUAUAUCGGGUCACUUGUAUCGUAGCAAGAUGAGUUAUUAUACUGCCGUCGUUAAUUGUGAAAUAAGUCCAGAUGGGCGUCAUUUUCACGUCUUCUGUCCGUCAGUACGGCGACGUGCACUACGUUACGUGGUGUUUUUAUUCGAUUUCGGAGUAUAGUAUCGGUAUCGGUGCAUCCCUAAUCACUGCAUGUGCACUGCAUUUGCCUACACAGACCAUCGAUUCAUGGUUGCGGUAUGAAUUUUGCUGUAUUUUACACAAUCAUUGCGCACGAUUGUUUGACUUCAUCCCCCCCCCCAAGUAACUCGCAUUUUAAUGCUAGAGUCGAACUGAUUUGGUACCAGUUUGUUAUCCAGUAGAAGAGCACCGAGUGAUGCCAGUUUAAACACCGACAUUGGUAACCGUGACUGUGGCGACAAAAAUGACCACAGGUCGAUGUGGAAUGGAGUGGUUUUUUAACCCCCCCCCCAAAAAAAAAAAACACACUAAGUUUACGGGUCUCUCUCAGCGUGACUGUAGACAGGUGCUGCUGUUGCUCGUAUCGACUCGUACCAAAGCAAAUCUCCGCUCUCGUCACUCACUCGACAGCGUCUCUACCGUCUCAUCUACUAUUUCUAUCUCCUUAGGUCCGCGAUCUUUCUGGCUUACUCGUUGUACCCUGACUUAUUUGCUUAUAAUUUUUUUUCUUCUUCUUCUUUUUAAACGUUUUAUGAGCGAAACGAUGGCGAUUCGUAGGAGGACGGAGCUGAACCGCAUGUUUUCACGUUGCGAGAUAACACCUGAAAUGAAAGUGCUCCUAAAAAAAUUAAUAAAAAGAAUAAAGCCUAAAGGAAGAAGCGCUGAAUGGUGUUGCUUUGUUCAACAGUAUCCGCUCGGGGGAAUUGAAUUGCCCCGUCAGUGUCGGGUAAAUGUCUGAAAGUUAAGACGUGUUGAAAUUGAGGAUUUAAUUGUGGCUUGAGAGACUUAAAUUAAUCCUGCUUUGUUUCUACUGCAAAGAAAUGCCUCUCCUGUACAUAAAUAUGUAAGUGUUUAUUUUAUUUUUUUGCUACAACCACCAAACAUUACAUACGGUUUCAAUUCCUUAACCGAUUUUCCCCCGAUAGUUAGACUGUUCUUAUCCUGAGUGACAAUAUCAUCAUGCUAGUUCAGUAGGUCAGGUUCUACAAAUACCAUCCAGAUACAAACCCAGUUGGAGAGAAAUUAGUAAGAUAAGCGAACACUUUAUUGAUGUUCAAAGUUCCAGCAAUAUACAUAAGACCAGGCACAAAUACGCAUAAAGGUUUAACGGUAAAAGUAUAGUGGUUAGCGCGUGCGCCUCACACCUCCAGGGUCGGGGGUUUGAUUCCCACCUGUGUGUGCGGAGUUUGCGUGUUCUCACCGUGCUGCGGGGGUUUCCUCCGGGUACUCCGGUUUCCUCCCCCAGUCCAAACACAUGCAUGGUAGACUGAUUGGCGUGUCCAAAGUGUCCGUAGUGUAUGAAUGGGUGUGUGAGUGUGUAUGUGAUUGUGCCCUGCGAUGGAUUGGCACCCUGUCCAGGGUGUACCCCGCCUUGUGCCCCAUGCUCCCUGGGAUAGGCUCCAGAUUUUUGGAAUUGAUCCACACAGGGUCACGGUCACAGCACAGUCAAAUGUCAUAGUUUUUCCUCAAUGGCUUCCUUCCUAAAUUUUAAGGGUAUUGCAAGAAGGAUUAAAAGUGGAGGAAUUCUUGUCCGCCCCAUCGCGAGUGUUGAGUUCGUCUUGUUUCAUAAAUGACAUUAGUGCACGUUUAAGCGGUUUCAAAACAGACCUCCAUACCUACCUGUUCACCAGACAGCCAGGGAACGCUCACUUCAUGAUCUGAUCUGCGUGCCAGGCUGAAAGAAAGGUCUUCAUGUGCGGUUUCUUUUGUACCUUGAGGGACGACGGAUCCAGUCGAGCCAUGCUAGAGGUUUCGAAGGCGCAUGGUGCAGAGUGUGGUGUGACGAGCACCUUCAGGUAGGUGGGGCUCCAUUUUUAGCUUCAGUGUUCCAAAUCUGAUGUGGGGGGGCGUAGCUAUGGGGUGAUGUGGGAGAGAUUGAAUCAAUUACAAGGGUCCGCUGGCAUGCAGGGGGCAAACGUGGCGGGAGUGAGUUGAGCUAGCCCAAUCUCGAGAUGACAAAGGACUGAAGAAGCACCUGAGAGGCUUCAGUUGAUAGAAAUGUCCAGAUCCUCCUGAUCUAAAGCAGAAACCUGCAGGACUGAGUCUGGUUAUUAGUGUGAUUAAAGGAUCGGUGGUUGUCCAGAAUUACCCCGAUGAUGUGUGCAUUGCUAGAUAGGGAUGCAUCUCCAGGGAAGCUCAGUCUUGUUGGUUGUUGGGGUUUAUUUUCAGCUGUAGACCCACCCGCCAUGUUCGCCAUAGCAUACCGAGAUCCGAGCAGAAAUGAGCCGCGUCUGAGGGAAGAAAAACUCCUAUCCCCCAUGAUGCCGUGUGAACGUGCACAAGUGCUCGGCUUUACACUAAACCAUGUUGCUCUUAACUUGUUACUAAAACGUCCUUUUCUAUUUUUGGUGUGUGGUUUGUGCAUGUGCCGCAUCUGAGAGACCAUCCAAUAAUUACUAAACGGGUGUGUGCGCGCGCACGUGCGCGAACAUUGAUUUAUUUAUUUAUUUUACCUUCAUUAAGAGUGUCAUCUUUCAUUUUCCCCUCUCAGAAUUCCACCACAGAUGUUUAUCAUGAUGGCCUAAGACACACAUUUGACACAUUCCACAGCGUAGAUAGCUGCCGAGAUGAUUGAUAUCUGGGCCCGAGGCAAACCUACACACGCGCGCGCAUGCUCUCGAUCUGAUGAAUAUGCAGAAAUACCGAUGGGAUAACUUUCAGAUACGUGCAUGAAAAUCUGGAUUUGAAAUAUAAGACUAUAUUAAAAAAGAAAAACGAGGUCGUGGAAAGAUUAUUAUCUGUAUAAUGCGAUGGUGAAUUGGUCGUCUGAUCGGAGCCGGCUCGUUUAGGUGAACCUGGGAGUGUGAGCAUGAUGCCUUUUGCUAGACCGGCAUCCCAUGCGAGGUGUAUUCCCGCUUCCCAAACGGUGUUCCCCAGAUCUUUCGCAACUUUGACCUGGAUAAGGCGGUCACUGACAAUGAUUGAAUAAAUGAAUGACUAUA